UAGUUUAGCUCAAGUAGGAAAAAUUGUAUGAUUUCGCUGCACGUUUCGGAACUGAAAUCGGUUCUAAAUUCAACCAAUAAAGAAAAAAAAGGUGAAACCUAGUUUUUGGAUUAUCAAAAUUUAACUAACCAGUGACUAACCGGUUGUCAGUGAGAAUAUCUGCAAUAACGAACAAACAGUGAUAAAGGGAUGCAAUUUGUGAAUUCCGUGCCGAAGAGAAGAGGAUUAUGCAAGUUGCCAUUCGCAUGAACAAGGAUAAAGUGCUCGAUAGUGCAAACUCGAAAGUUUAAAUUUUUUAAAUUCUAUGGAAGAACACUGUAAGCAGCUUGACCGCAAAGUACUUGGAUUGCUUUGACCACAUGUUAAACGGAAGGAUACUGCAAGCCGUAAGCAGCCAAACCCCAAAAGUAUAAUCAAGAUGUUGAAGUGGACCGUUACGAAGCGCCCGGAAGGAGGAACAGCAGCCGCAAUUCAACGACACCAGCAACGUCACAAUGAUCCCACGGGACACGCUCGUCGAUCACUGGGAGCAUUGAAUGACAGAAUUGUUCCCAGUGAUGGAAUUUCCACCGCUAGCAAGAUUCGGGCCCGACGGUCCCUCGGGUCAACCAUGCUCCGCCAUGUUCACGUAGAUAAGGAGAACCAAUGUGUCACCUCGACGCCCCAUCAUUUAUCAGGAAGCAAAUCUUCGGUCUCGCCAUACUCGAUGGCACUACGAGAUGUUAGCAAUAUUACCCCCAGUACGACACCUCGUCGAUUAUCAUCAACUCCGCAGAGUCGGAAACGAGCUCAUCCUUCAUUCCCGACUGCAGUCACUUCGACAGCCAAAAAAGAAAACGCGAUGCAAUAUGCAAGUACACUUCCUACGUUCGAUAUCGAGUACUCGCCGUGUGGGGUGAAAAAUGUGCCCUUCCUCGCCAUCCGAGGCCUAGGUCUAGCAGAUUCCUAUUUCGAAAAUCCCGGACGGUACUUCCAUGAAGAGCAACCGCCAGCUGCGAAACGUGCCAAACCUUUCGCUACACCGGCCCCCGUUUCGGGGAAAACAGAACCCACAUUGACUCCCUUAUCAUCCCGUUUGUCCGAACUGCGGUUCAGCAAAAUCAGCUUCAAGCGCCUUGCAAACAAUAACAAUAACAACAACAACAAUAACAAUAACCAAAUCUAUCACGACGAGGAACCAUCGCUGAACUCGUCCGAAAUGGGUGAUAUUACGUUAGAUAAGAUGAUCGAUGCAAUUCUAGAGAGUGCGAAGAAGGAUAAAGUUCCGAAGCGAAGUUCCAGCGUGAAAUCGAAACAAGCCAAAGUGCCCUCCCCAACGUACACUCCCGCUGAUGAUCCGGCAUCCGAUUUGUACAAGGACACCCUAAUCGAUCAUCUUCCUCCCAAAUUGAUCGAACAGGCAGAAACCACCAUUAUAUUGGAAGAAACCACGCACAUCAACGAGCGCGAGGUUAAGACUCCCGAGUCUGCUAAAGGCAAUGCCAAAUCCUUGAGGCAAUCACUUUCUCGCUUCGUGCUGGCAAGUCCGCUUGAUGCAUGCAAUUUGAGACGCCAGAAAGCAGUCCGGCGGAAAAACAAACUGGACGCUUUGGAUAAGGAACCAUCGGAAAAGAGACCAUGCCGAACCGGAAUCCCUAGUCCGGAGACACCCAAAAUCAUCAGCUACAAUCAAUCGAAAAUUGAACAGCUGGCUCAGAUGCAAACCCCUACGGGAACCGCAGUCCACCCGGAUGGAGCGGAUGGCCUCAAUCCAAAGUCCACUGCCGCACUUAGUACCAUCGAUGAAAUGACACCCAGCAUUCAGUCGAUCGACCUACAGGGUACUUCCACUCCCACCGGUAUGGAAACGAUUUCAUUCGAGAAAACUCGCAAGUGUUUGGCCUUCUCGCCCACUCCGAGCGAGGAUUCACUCGAAAAGCGACGAUCCGUUGCUUCUUCAACUACAUCACGCUGCUCCCGUGUUACGACGAUCGUUAAAGGCUCGCUGGAGCUGAACCUUCUGGUGGAGCCCGAUAACAAACUAAACGUUCACGUCAUUCGCUGUAAAGAUCUACAACGAUCGAACGGGAACACGAUAAACGCCUACGUCAAGGUUGCUGUGACGAACCCAACAAAUCCGCUAACCGAUCAUGGCUUUCAACGGACGGCAGUUCAUCGAAAUUCCAACAAACCUGUUUUCGAUCAUCGAUUUGUUUUCGAUCUAGGAUCAACUUCAGAAGCAGACCAAGAAGAAGACGUCCGUCGGAUCCAACUGGCAGUGUGGCACCGGGACAGAGAGUGCAAACGCAGCGAAUUCCUAGGAUGUAUGUCAUUCCCACUUAGAAAUGCAAUCCAACAGGAAAUUAAUGGCAAUUACAAGCUUCAACCGCAGUCGUGUUUGACGAAUCCUACUCCGCCGAUACCAGCCGAUAUGUGCGAGUACUCACAGUCCAGCGUUGACGAGAUUGUCAGCGUUGUGGACGGUGGCUCAACGGUACCAGCUGGUGGUAUGAUACCGGUGGGUUCCGGUGCUCCGGAGCCCAUUAGCUUAAGCAAGAAGGCUCUGCACCAACGGGAUGCGGACGAGAAUUUGUUUCUUCGCUUCCUGGAGCUGGAUCCACCGCUGGAAUCCGGAGGUGUUCCCGCUACUCCACGACGCAGCUCGAUUAGUUCGAAUAAACCAAACCCCGGUCGUACUCCAUUUACGAUAACCAAACGAUUGAUUCGUGUGGCCGACAAGGGCUUCGGAUUUUCGAUAGUGUGGACUCAUCCGCCACGCGUGGAAAAGGUUGAAGCUGGAUUAUCAGCUGAAAAGGCAGGCAUUCUGCCGGGAGAUUACGUAGUAUUUGUAGAUAAGCACAACGUUGUUACGAUGCCCGAGCUGGAUGUACUGAAUUUGAUCAGGACACAGGGCAACACUCUACUAUUGGAGAUUUUCCGUCGGCCUCAACGACCCACCAAUGGACUUCGGCCGGGAAGUGUCGUAGCGGCUUCCACUAGUAAUUUGAUCAACUUUGCACCAUUCAACGCUCAGGUCCAGCUUCAUCAGCAGCAUCUACAAGAUGAGGAAUCCUCACUCAAGCCGUCCAUCGUCCCCGCCCGAUCCUCAACUGCUUGCUCCAAUAUUUCGAUUGAAACCGCCAAGCGGAAACUCAAUCUACCGCAAGUGACGUUCAGCAAAGAGUCAAUUUUACAGCAACUCCCGGAUGAUCAUCGCCGAAAGUUCCUCUACCAGUUGAUUAGUCGAGAACAACAUUUUGUGACGGCAAUCAACUUUGGAAUUGAACGAUUUGUGAGCCCACUACGGGAACGGAAAGACCUCAUCUCACCGAACGAUCACAAAACUCUGUUUCAGAACAUCGACGAGCUAUCACGAAUAUCAGAAGACAUCCUGGAACAAAUCAUCCAAGACGAAACCGAGCCACAAAUCCACUUUACUUCCCGUGUCUAUCUGUCCAAGAGUACGGCUCUGUGUGCGGCCUACAAAAAGUACUGUAAUGGCUUGAAAAAAGCAGACUGUGUGCUGGUCAACAAGUCAAGAAAUUCAAGCUGUGAUUUUAUGCGUUUUAUAACGGAGCCACCGGUGCCACGGAAACGUCCAGACUUAACCACCUUCAUACAUAGGCCGCUGCAACAUUUUAGGGAAAUUUUAAAGCUAGUCCAAAUGAUUGCGUCCCAAUGUCGAGUAGAUAGUGAAGAGCAUAGCAAUUUCAACAUCAUCAUCAACGAGUUACAGGCAGCUUAUCGCGAGAUAACAGUUGGUGGCGGUCUGAUGGAACCGAUUGGUGAAGGACGACCGCUGCUGACGCUGCAGGAUUUGGAAGCGAGGAUGGUUUUCACCAAAUGUAAACCAUUUCAGUUGGCUUCCCACGGGAGGCAGUGGAUUUUCGGCGGUGAUUUAUCACGAGUGGAGGGCCGUUCGGUGAAACCAUACUGGACACUACUGUUUAGUGAUAUUCUACUGUUCGCCAAAGUUAGCCGCGAUCGGGUGCUAUUCAUCACCGAGGAGCCAAUUCCCCUGACGACGGUUACGGAUUCGUGCUUUAAUAUUCGUAAAAAGACAACUGAGUUCCGGAUAACUAUCGAUCCAAACGGCCGGCAGAUUGAAAGCCCAACAGUGCACUGUGCCCCGGAUUUGACUCGAACUCCGAAGAAAAGCUCCAAAAAACGAUGUAUAGUGUUGCGGGCACCGUCAGCGGAACUCAAAGCCGUAUGGCAGAAUCUUCUAACCAGGCAAAUAUUUCUGGUUAACGCUACCCUGGGAUCAACCCCGCUCAGUAGUCCAUUGGAUUCACCGGACAUUCUGCAAUCGUUAGUUCCAAUCGGCGAUAUUGGAACGACGGCUCCCUCGAUGGCAUCGGUUAAGAUACCUUCGCUGGAUAAUGUUCAUCUCAAGAAUCAACAGUCGAGGUCGAGUAAGGUCCCGAAGCAGGUCGAAGAAUUGAUCGAUGAGAAGUGUAGAAACAUGAACAAGACCGGUGUCCCCAAGGGAAGUGCAUUACACUUGGCGCAAUGGAUGAAGGGUCAGUUGGAUAAGCAGAUUGUUGAAUCGGAUCCAAUCGAUUCCGAUCCGGAGCAGACGCUCGAAGAGUGGUCCGUUGAACAGGUAGCGAAUCGUUCCAAGGAGUUAAAGUUGCUCGAUACGGAUGGGAAGCUCUACCCGUCCAUCAAUGGGAUGGGGUCUAGCACGAAGCUGCUGGAUGCCCAUCUGGAGGAUGGUUCGACAUUCGAUGGUGAUGAUGACAACCGCAGUGUGUCGAAAAGCACUACGUCGGACAGCCAGAUAACCGUUCGUUCCAGUCCCUUAAGUAACAAAGUAGAUACUAUUUCUGUUUGCCGGCAAUGUCAUAAGAACUGUAAAAGUCGUAUGAACUCUCCUAGCAGUAAUUCACUGACGGUGCAACAUAGCCAAACUUCAUCAAUCCGUUGCUGCGUUUCCUCGUCAACGACCGGUAGUAGCUUGAACAAAAGUCCUCAUUCAAGCUCGAGUAUAUCUUCCACUAGUACUCUGACGAUGCCAAGUAAAUCACCCACGAAACCGGAAGAUGCAGCUCCGGGUAGGUCAACGGUGGAAUUCGACGUGUCGUCAUACAAACAACCAUCGCACAAACAGCAUCCGUCACCAUCCCUUAGCCUCAGCAACUACAAGACCAAGUGCCAAACGCCCUGCCACUGUAAGUGUACCCCAAAAGACUUCGAAAAAAUUAAUCUCAGUCCGGACGAAUUACUCCACGAACGGGUUAAGAUACUUAGGAAUGCCAAUGAAGUGAAUACAAGUGUUUCAAGCUCUACGGGAUCACCGAAGGUAAACGGAAACUUGACUAUGAAAACGUUACGAACUAGCAGAUGUGAUGACAAUUUGGAGAAUAACAACGUCGAUGAUUGGUCGCUGAUGCUGAUUGGAUUAGCCCAAAUCAAUCCGGCUGCUUCCCUGGUUCAUAUGGAUCCAUUCGAGGUAGUUCCUACAAUUGCCGUAGUACCACCGACACCGGAUGCCCUUACGAAUAGCAACUGUAAACAAAACAUGUCGCUCAAUUGGACCGAUACUAACCGUUUACAGCUAGGAAAUAUCAAUGAGAGCAAUGAUUACGAGGAAUAUUCUCCGGACAACUCGCCGGAAGAUGAACUACCGGAUCAUCCUUAUCGGGCGUUAAGUACUGGAAUGAAGCGCUACGGAACACUAUCCAGCUUGGAACGUGUUCCAUCCGAUGAAACGGACAAGACGUACAAUUCAUCCGAGGAAGACUCGGAAAGCGACAUCAAAAUCGUCACCAAAGAAGUAUACGACAGUAACGCACAACCAUUCAUGAAUUGGACGGCUAGAGCCGGUAGCUUCAUCGAGGAAUCAAGAGCCUUCAUCGAUCGCUAUCUGGGCCGCGGUAAUACUGCUGAGGAAAGCAAAGACGACAACGACGUCGUAGUCGUUGUUGAGGAGGAAACCAUUGAAGGCGAAACGUCGGUAACGUCCGGCGAGGAGGUGUGGGGAACUCCGACAAGCGGAGGCGAAAACGACGACAUGCAAAUUUUUGGUAGCAUCGAGCAGACACAUUCGUCUCCGACAAAGUCUACGUCUUCCUACACUGGAGAUGAUGAUACAGAACUGAUGAUGGAUGAGCUACUGAUGGCACCACCGAUGACUGCCAGUGCUGUCCGUGGACUUUUACCCAGACGAAAACUAGAACCGCUGUUCGAAGAGGAUAGCGAAAGUUGUGAAUCAGACGAUGAUAGUAAACCCUUGAGCGGACGUGACAAACAGGGGCAAGCUGUGGAAAGAAAUCGUCCGGAUUAUGUGGACUUAAGAGAUUCCACCGGAUCCGACUCAGUAAGUACAACACCGUCGUCGACUCCUCAGGCGGAAAAGAAGGAAACUGUGAAGACUACCACUCCCGACGAAAACUAUGGGAGUGUUGCUGACAGAUGCUCUGCAUCUGUACUGCUCCCGAGCACCGGGAUACGCUCUGCAAACGGUAUCGAUCGUUUCGGGGCGACUUCCGGUGCUGUACCGAUCCUCACGUUGCCACCACCGCCGUCUACCGACCCACCACCACCCCUCUACGGACUCAGUCCGAGACUGGAGAUGCGGCUGGCACUCAAUCACGACAUUCUCGGCGACGAAGACCUAAUCAGCUACAGUCCUGGUCCGGAUCUGACUUCGAUUCUCGGGCAAGACCUCUCCACAUACCACCGGAUGAGUGGGAAGGAUGUCAUCAUGAAUCGGAUUAUUCCACGAGUCAACAGCUACAGCAGUAUACCGACAGCACUGAUCAAACUUUCUACCAGCAGUCAACAGAUUCAUCCCAGCACCAGCAACAUCACCAAUCACCCGGUGAAAAACGGAACGAGCUCAUCAUAUCAACAAAACAAUUCAAAAAUGGAUACUCCUACGCCGAACCGCAGAAAACCUCAAAGUCCAGUUACUUGGAACAGUUCUGGGUCUGUGGAUCGAGAAGAAAAGACUCUUUCGGAUCUGGAGCGAUUGGCGAGGCGCGAGAAAGUUUACUGCAUGACCCAACUGAAUCAAAACGGCUCCCACCUCAAACAAACAGCUAGUUUCGGUCGCACCAAAUCUUCCAAACUAUUCAAUUUUCUGUCGCGACGAAACUCAGAGAAUCACUUGUUUCGUGGAUCGUCGAGAGACAGCGGUGACGAUGUUCCUACUUCGCAUUCGGACUCGAGCCGGAUGAACUCGCCUCGAAAGGAAAAUGUGAGAUCGGGUUGAAAAUGACCACGCGCAAUAAUUCGAACACUAAAUGUCACAUUCUAUCGGCUGAGCCCUCUAUACGUUGGCCCAGGCAUUAACUACAGUAAUGCCUAGCCUUAGUAGUCGAUGAGUGCGAAAGUGUUGAUUUUUUCGUCAAAAGUAAGUUUUUGUUGUUUCAGAAUAAUCGGAAAUAUUAAUAUAUUUAUUUUUCUAUAAUUAAGAUGCGCUGAAUCGAAUGGUUCUAGUGGUUUUAUGAUAAAAUAUUUUUUGUUUAUGUUAUGACUUCGCAAAACCGAUACGAAGCGGUCGGGCAAAAAUCGACUAGAGGGCUGAGUCGUAAAUUUAUUGUUGUUUUUUACGAAAACUCGCUAAUUCUAUGAAGCUCAACACUAUUUUUGAGUAUGUACCAACAAAAAAAAAAUCCAGAAAUCCUCAAAUUACGGGAAUAAUCUCUGAUCACAAAUACGAGAUUACUGACGUCGUUUGGGUGUUUUUAGACAUUCGGCAUCGAGAGCACACAAGAUGAGCGACAGGCCCGUACCCAGGAUUUCGUUUCGGGAGGGGCCCACAAACAAGAAAUAACGCAUCUAACUAAAGAUUCUUUAUGUGUAUAGUUCUAGGUUUGCCUUUAGUAUCUUUUAAUUUUUUUUUGAGAGUAAGUGCAAGUGAUUAGCCAUUUAAAUUAAUACUCACAUAUUUUUGAUUGAACAAUGAGACUUUGAAGCAAGAGGCUCUAUGUGUCAAAGGGAAGGGUUCGAUUUUUUACAUAUCCUUUAUCAUAUAGCCCCAUAGUUCGAAUUCGACUUCUGGUUUUGGAAAAACUGAGUGAAGAGUAUUAAAACCUUCAAUUUCAAGGGUGUGCUCUUAUAAGUGCGACGCAAAAAGGAUCAAAUAUUUUGAAACUAUUUGGCAAGCUCUUCUAGUUUGCAAAACUUAUUGAUUAUUUGUCGAACAGAGGAACAAGCCGAGUUUUACAAAUUUAUAUGAAGUGCCUUAUAUCCUCACAUGAUCCUAUUUAAUUUCAUCUUCCGGUCAACUUCCGGGUCUAGAUGCCAAACCUGCAGAUUUGUUUGUUAAUCAGCAAAUUUUUAAAAUACGCUGUAGACAUGUUUUAGUUGCCAACUUUUCUGUAGAUUUUUGAUAAUCACUUUUUUCGUAGACGUUCGUAAAAAUUUACAGACUUUUGAUAUUGCCGCGGUCUUUUAUUUUUGUUCGCUAAACAAAUUCCGUGCAUAAUUCUUUAUAGAAAACUUAAAGUUUGCAGAUAUUUUUUCGAGUUUACAGAUUUUUCAACCCUUCAAGAAUAUAUAUGAAAUUUUUACCUUACAUCUCUGGUUUUGAUGUACAGGGUGAUGAGUAUUAAAAAUUGAAAUUCGUCAUUGGGAGUGACGAUGCAACAACAGAAAAAUCUUCUUAGUAGCGGUCAAAAACUCCAAAACGAAAUUCACAUAAAUUUCUCAGAGACGACUAGGAUGAUUUGCACAAAUGUAAGAAUGGAUUCAAAUGAAAGGUUUUGUGGUUUCAUAGACUUCUAUGCUGUUUAAACCGAAUCCGGCUUCCGGUUUCGGAACAGGUUCCGGACGCAGCGGUCAGAACUCAAAAAUGAAGCACACACUAUGCUCUUGUGCAUUGUCUCGAAAACCGAUUUUGAAUCGCUCCAAUAAUACACACUUAUACCUGCUGUAGGUGGUGUUUUUCUUUUUUCGAGGUAGUCCAUGAAAAAUAUACUGUGACAGACCCAAAGAACCGACUUUAUAACCAUUCCGCCCAAUUUCAGUCUAUUGUCGGUUAAUCAUUCUGUUCUCUGGCGUAUAAUAAUGGAUCCGGGCUUCGGCAACAAUAACCAACCGACACCAAUUUGCAUCAGCAUAAGCGAACACGCUUCUGAAGUGUGCUAGCGUUCCUCUUUUUAAUUUUGAGUAUGCAAGUGCGGCGUCCAGCAGUAGAACAUCUUUUUCAUUCGCGGAUUCUUGCUGAAACUAUUAUACGUUUGCUUAGUACUAAUCCUUAUGGCACUUUCUGGUCAUCCAUUUCCUUUAAUUUUGACAUUGAUUUUUGUAAUCACAAUGCAAGGCCUGCCACUACGGAUUUCUCUCUCGAAACCACUAUUUCACGGUGUAGUCCUGCACUAGCUCCGUAAUAUUUAUUCAACUUGUGCCUCCCAAAAAAAUUGAAUAACGAAAAUCUUUUUGCCUUUCUCAUGUAGACAUAGUAUGUAGUUACUGUGAAAACCGACUUUUGAACCGAGACUCACUAACAAUUCGAAUAAGUUCGUCGAGAUAAUCCAAACUAAAACUUUUAAACAAACUUAAAUUUAGUUGAAGGGCCCUGUGGCCAGCUAUGACGUUCCAGAAUUUUUUUUGGCUCCGACUUCCGCUUCCGAAAUUACAAGGUUAUUAGCGUUAAAAAUGAGUAUAUGUGAACUAACUUUUCUCGGAGAUGGCGAAACCGAUGUUCACAAACUUAUUAUCAAAUGAAAGGGCUUAAGAUCCAACAGAAUAGUUCUGAAUUUGAUUUAGAUCUGUCUUUCGGGUCUGAAAAUACAGAGUGAUAAGCACAAAAAAUUCGAUUGCAAAACUAAGCAGGCUAUUUGAAACUAUUCUAAUUAGCAGAUCUUGUUAGUUGAUGGCCAGUAAACUCAUUUCUGUUCCCGAUUCCGGAAAUAGUGAUUAAAAAUCCCAAAGAGGAAAUUACUUCCGACUUCCGGUUUCGAAAUUAUACAACUUUUCCAAUAUGUAGAUCUUAUAAGUUGAUGGCCAAACUAAAUGGUUUUUGCUAUUCCGGUUCUCAGAUUCCGGUUCCAGAAAAACCGGAAGUAGUGGUCAAAUGAAUGUACAAAUAGUAUGUAUCAAAACAACUGAUGAAAAUGUCUGAUUUCGGGAAGGGCCAGGGCCCCUUGGGCCCUCCCUCUGGGUACGUGCUUGAUAAGCGAUGAUUCUGAACCGUCGAAUGAUUGGAUGCGCUUGGAUUAUGCGCUCAAGCAAUAGUAUUUUUACACAAGUGAAUUGCUUCCCUGAGCCACACAGCGAAUCAGAUUAUGAGUGAAAUGUUUUCAAUUGAUUUUAAUUUUGGUAGCUUUAGAACAGUAUAUAACAUUCUGAGUGAAAAUAUUAUUUUUCACAAUGUUUUCUGAGGAAAGACCAAAAUUGGCCAGUUUUGCUUGUUCAGUUUCAAGUGCUAAGUAGUCUACCUGCUUCAUUGUCUUCACUGUUGGUAGUGAGCAAGUUAGUUUGAAUAGGCAUGGACAUCAACUCGAUAACCUAAAAACCAUCUCCGGUCAGAAUCAUAAAUAGAGGGUGGCGGUUCUCAUUUGAGUUCUCGGUUAUCACCUGCAAGUUUGAAACAAUUAUUUUUCGACUGUUUGAAAUAUAUUGAGAUGUGUUCCAAAGUAUUAAAAAUUAAAACUGAAAAAGGGAACAAUCAAUUUAUGUUUAUUUUGUAAUUGAUCUUUCAGUUGCCUUUCAUCUAUUAUCUUGAACCAAUUUGAAUGUUAACAUGAAACUUAUUAAAGAGCCGCUCUCUCAUUCAAUUGUAAUAAAAAAUUUUAUUUCAAGAUACCAACUGACGGUGGUUGUUAAACUGAGCUUCAAUUGGAAGAGAAGCGCUGAAGCGAACACCUUGUAUUCGAUUUUAUCACAAUUAGGUGAUUGAAAGUCGAGUAAUCCGCAAAAUAACAUGACUUUUGAUACAAGAGCCCUAUUCGUUGAAAAAAGGAUGGAGAACACUCAACUGAUGUAAUUUUCUUCCUUC